AUGCAAGAGUCCACACCCAAGCGUUCUGAGGAAUUUGUUGAAGAUGUAUCUUCUCCCGAUACCAACACAUCUAGUCAGGGGUAUGUCCCACUGUGGCACUCCCUGAAGAAAUGGCCCAAAGUAGUUGGAUACAAUCUUGCACUGAGCUCCGCAAUACUACUAUAUGGAUAUGAUUUGGUUAUUGUGGCAAAUGUAUCUUCGAUGCCAGCCUUUCAGCAUCGCUUUGGUGCUGAGCUGAACGGUAAAUAUAUUAUUCCGUCCGAAUGGCUUUCACUCUGGAAUGCGGCAAGUCCCAUUGGAAUGAUGGUCGGGGCUAUUAUCGGGGGCUACUACCAGGAUCGAGGUGGUCGCAGACUGUCGCUAGCAACAGGGUCCUUCCUCUCAGCCGUUGCGGGAGUAGUUAUAUAUCUUUGUGAUCUCCAUCCGAACAUGGACUCUCGAAGAGGUCUAUUUCUUACCGGGAAAUUACUGCAAGGAGUCACUAUCGGGAUGCUUCUCUGUAUGAUUCAAACGUACAUGUCAGAAGUACUUCCUAUCGUGCUUCGUGGACCGAUCAUCGCCUUUCUACCGAUCUUUACGCUUCUGGACGGGGAACAAUUCGAGAAAGCAUUGAAAAUGCAGUGUAAGCUUGAUACGGGAGAUAUGGACUCUGCAAAGACAAUUGAGGAUUUGCAAACCUCAAUUAAAGCAGAGGAGGAGGAACGCGAAACACAGACAUACUCCGACUGCUUUAAAGGGCGAGCAAAUCGCCGCAGGACGUUCAUCGUAUGUUUUGCAAGCGCUCUGCCGCAGUUUUUCGGACUACAACUUUUAGCCAGCGCGUCCUAUUUCAUGCAAAUGGUCGGCAUGAGUGCGACGAACAGCUUGAUCUUUCUUAUUCUGGGAAUUGGGCUAGGUUUGAUUGCGAAUGGCGUCAGUCUUUUCACACUGAAUGCACUCGGAAGACGCAUUCUCAUUCUAUGGACAUUGGGCGCGGCCUUUGUUUUGUGGCUGGCUCUAGGAAUCGCUGGGUGCUUUACCGGGGUAGUAACUAUCUGGUACACUGCCGUCAGCAUGAUGGUUAUAACUAUGGUGUGCGGCCUAGGAAUUUGGCCAGCAUCCCACGUUGUUGCCGCCGAGACUUCAGAGCUCACACUACGUUCAAAGUCCCAAGGAGUGGGUUGGUUUGUUAGCGGAGUAGCUACUGGAGUGUUUUCCAUCAUCCUUCCAUACAUCUACAAUCCGGAUUCUGGUAACCUACGCGGCAAGACUGGAUUCGUCAUGGCGGCAUUUGCAGCUAUUGGCUACAUCAUAACCUGGUUUACCAUCCCUGAAAUGAAAGACAGGUCGCCUAUGGAAAUUGAUCGAAUGUUCGCGCUAAAUCUUCCUACACGAGACUUCAAAACCUGGAAGAGCGAUGUGGUUAUAGACAGAGGGGCCAAUGCUUUGAAGCAGGCGACGGAGGCUUGA